AGAUACGCGUGGUUCAUGGAUAUGGUGGCUCUUGCACGAACGAAGGAAUUGUUGAAUAGCGUCGUCGGGAUCAGAAUUUCUUGUCGGCAUAUUUAUGUGUCACCGAGGCUGCCGGCAGGGACACGAGGCCUUUAAUUAAACUUACGGACGCAGCGCAGCGAGAUCGAGUAUGAGGCGCAAGAGUGAAAGAAAUAAAGCGAAGGGAUCUCCAGAGAAGAAAGUCGAGAAACCGACGAGGAAGUCGACACGUAGACGUAGUAAGAGAUCGCCUUCUACUUCGCCCGAGCAGGAUGCUUCGUUUGUCGAAGACGCGGCUAAAAGCACCGUACAACCUAAGGAAGUUGAGAAAGAGACAAGCGUACAGACGCGCCUACAAAGUAAAGAAUUGGAGCAGAUGCCGCAUGGGCGCGAAGAGAAGGUCUCCUCUAGUGAGAGAGACACCAAGGUAGACUCACCAGAAGAUGAGGAGGAUAACGGCGGUUCCGUAUGGAAAGUAGCGAGGGCUGAUGCAUCACCCGGAGAGAUACAGAAGUUGAAGCUAUGUAGGCAGCGCAACACAUCAGAAGCAUCAUCAGAUACAGCAUCUUCGAGUAGGAGAAGUGUUAAGUCAAGUAGCAAGUGGCAAGAAAGUGGUGAGGGCGUUGCAGAGGAGGCUGACUCGGCGGACGAGCAACUGGUUUCUUGUACAAGAACCCUCAGUAGCAUUGAACAGCCGAACGAUCCCUCCUCUUCAUACCCAGGUCAGGACUCCAACGAAGAGGUAAGUGAUAGAAAGGAGAUCCUGCCUGAAACCACUUCGGCCAACUUGUUGUCUGACGAUAAACCAAACAUAGAUCAGCAUGGUGAAUCAAAUGAGGCAAAUUGCGCUGCCGAAAUCGUUGAUAACGAACCUGGUAAGCCGGGUAGCACAACAACCACGCUGACUCCUAGUCCCGCAAACGGCGAUGAUCUUUGCGAGAAGCCCCCUGCUGUCGCUGUUACCGUUCAGGAAGAGAAGCCCGUGGAAGAGAAGCCCGUGGAAGAGAAGCCCGUAGAAGAGAAGCCCGUGGAAGAUAAUGUCGGCGAAAAAUCAACAGAAACAUUCAGCCAAGAGAGUAACGUGGAAAAUGAGACAGUUCAUAGAGACACUAGUAGUGAGGAUGAGGAGGAUGAUAAAGCGAAAACGCAUCGUCCGGUGGACUCGUCAUCCGAUUCUAACGAUGAGUCGCGCCCUCAAAGAAGUAGAACAAAUAGCGACCGAACGUCUCCACGUGCGAUCCGCAGAAAACAUCGGAACAAAUAUAGAGAUUCGUCUAAUUCUGAGACACCCGAUUCCGAAGACGAAACAGUUGACAGUAAACUCUCCAAACCGUAUGUCGAAGAGGAAGAGGAGGAGGAUGAAAAACCAAGUACAGAGUAUUCACAAGAAAAUGAUAAAGAACGAUCGGUAUCGCCGGAAAGAACAAACUCUCACUCGAAUAAUGUAGAUAAAAUCGAGAUUGAGCAGUGUGAAACUGUGCAGGAUAAACCGGAAGAAAAUACAACUGAAAAGUUGGAGCUAACUGCACCAGCCGGCAUUCAAACGGUUGCUCAUAGGCCCGUUAAAGUCAACUUGAAGAGAUCAUUUUCGGCAAGGAUAUUAGCUGAAAAGAAUGAAGUCAAAAAAGAGGAUGCUGAUGCAAGCGUCGACAAUGAGUCCAAUAGUCAAAAUAAGGAAAACGGCAGCGAACAAGAACCGAAAUGUGUGCCGAGGAAACGUCGAUGGGGAACGGCACUUUCUACAGAUACCGCACCUUCGUUCUCCAUUUCGACUGAUUCGCUCAAGGCGUUGGUACCGGGUGCGAAGCCAUUAUCUAUCAACGAAGUUCGUCUGUCGAAGGAUGACGACGAAGACAAAGAUCGUCAUAGAAGUAACGAUAAACGGCACAAUUCCAGUGACAGUACAAAUGAUAAAAUAACGGACGAAAGCUUACAGAAGAAUGGCACUGCUAAAAAGGGCAAUGGAAAAACGGAUAAUCACAUUGCGACGAGGCGGAAAAUAUCGAUCGUGAAGGAGAUGCCGCAUGUGAAAUCGCCGAGUCCGCCAGCGUCUAAACCUACCAAUAUUCUUUUGAUCAAGAAUUUAGUUCGCCCUUUUACGUUAAAUCAGAUCAAGGAACUUCUUUCGCGUACUGGCACCAUCGUGGAAAACGGAUUCUGGAUGGAUCGAAUUAAAUCUAAAUGCAUUGUUGAAUAUUCCAAUGAGGAUCAGGCCUUUGAGACGAGACAGGCGCUUCACGGAAUUUCGUGGCCUAUGUCAAAUCCCAAGAAGCUUCACGUGGAAUACGCCACAAAAGAUGACAUGGAGAUUGCACGGGAAUCAUCCAAGGAACAACCAGUCGCUCGCAAAGCCGAGCCACUAUCGUCGGAUCCAUGGCAACAAGAUUGGAGUCGCGAUGAGAAGAUUAACACAACUAAGGUGACCGUAGUGAGAGAAUGGGAUUUAGGCAAAGAGGAUGGUCAACAGCACAUGAGGGAGAAGGAACGUGAGAAAAAGGAACACGACAAGAAGCGACGCGCGAGGAGUCGAAGCCCAGCAUUGGACGCGCAUUUAUCGGCGCCGGCUCGCAAAUUCAAGAAGAAGGAGGAUGAUCCGCCACCAGCCAAACUCCUGGACGAUCUCUUUAGAAAGACAAAGGCGGUACCUUGCAUAUACUGGUUACCGCUUACGAAUGAGCAGAUAGUCGUGAAGGAGGAAAUGCGACGGCAGCACAUGGCCGAACACGCGCGCAGACUAGAAGAGAUGAGACGUGCUGACAGAAACAGGGAUGGCCGGCGUCGACGUAGUCCAAGAAAAUAGAAAAAUGAAUGUAUCGUCGGCAACGUACCUUUCCUUUAACCUGAUUUAACCUAAACCUAAACUUGAUUUAGCUUUAAUCAACUCAUUCUAUCCUCUAAUCAGUCUUGUAGUUCUAAAUCCCAUUGUUUUUUUAUAUGUUACUUAUCAGAUAUAUUUUUUUUUAUCAAGACAGAGAAAGAGAAAACUUCCAAGAUGGUAAAUUAACAUUUGUUGCGUUUACAUUCUGAUUUUGUUUCCUAGUAAGGAUGAAGACAUCAAUUUCAAGCAUUUGUCUCGUAAUAGUUUCCUUUGUGUUGUUUUCUUUCUUUAUUUCGCUUCUAUUCUAUUUUGUUGUAUUUCCUUCCUCAAUUUGAUUUCAAAUCGCUUACAGAUGAUAUUAAUCGAUAUGCAUGACUAUCAAGAGUCCUUCCGAUUCCUUUCCUCAUGUAUCAGAAUUAAACCAUACUUCUUACAGGUCAACAUUUAUCUAUCCCACAGAGAGCCAAUUAUUAGAUCAGACAUGGUGUAGUGAUACUGUGUAAUGCAUCGACCACGGCAGGUGACACUGAUUUAUCUCUACAUCAUAUUAAGACCAUAUAUGAGACAUCUGCUCGCAGAAUCCACAUGAAACAUUUUACAACGUGGGAAACUCUUCGAAGAAAAUAGACAAGAUACAUUAUCGAAUGUGGAAUAGACUUGACACUCAUGAUUGAGUAAUUUUCGUUCCUUCGUUCUUUUCCCUUAUUUCUUUUUUUACAAAUCGAACAUUGACAAAUAUAAACUUGAAUGGAUAUGACGCAAUCUGAUUGGGAAACACUGUCGCUCGAUCUGUAGAAGAACGUUGCUGUGAAAACGUCUCGAACAUCAUUUGAUGGAUGAAAAAGAAACUGUCUCCGCAUUAAAUAUUUUUCUCCAUAGUCUAUUUCGAUCUUCGCGAACUCGACAGCUACCAAUCAUUCAACUUUGGUAGUGACUACACUUGGAAAUGUCGCGUCAGUGUUUUAAUUGUGCGAUAGACUAGCGCAGAACGAAGACAUAUAUGUAAAUAUAACCGAUAUUCCAUAGUGUGACACAUGUAAAAUUAUUAAUAAAUCUUAAACAAAAAAAAGAGAAUACACUACUAGGAUAUAUAGAAAUACAUUUAUCGCUUACUUUUUACAAUACACCUAUCGGAGACUUUGUUAUUCAUCUGUAGACGAAAAAUUGAGAAGAACAUGGAUAAAAGCAAAUACAUUUAUGCUUAAAACAAA